AUGCUGAUCACUCAAACAUUUUUUCUGUCAGCACUCACUCCACAUACUGUUGAUGACCCUGAGUCAGCAGCUACCAAGCAGCUUGUAAACCCAGACCGUGUUCACAGACAUGGUGAUCCAUAUGACUUGGUGGUGUUAGCCCAAGAGGUACAAAAGGCAGAUCAGUUUGUUAGGUGUGCUGCAAGUAAUAAACUGAUACUGAUUGCAGAGCAGAUCCGUCAUCUUCAGGAACAAGUAAGUUUUAUAUGGACUUACAUUUUGGAAAUUAUUUUCCAUUUCUCCUCUAGAUUUUUCAGUAAACAUCGCAGGGGAUAUCUCUUUAAACAUGUUACUGGUAAUCAAAAGUAUCUAAUGGCCAUAAAUCCUUGGCAACAUGUAUGGUUCAUGCUUUUCUUUAGUUAUUUUAUUUUUCCAACUCCCUCUCCCCCCCUCCACUUUGUUACUCCCUUCAAACUUUAUUUUACACCAAAUGAGUUUUAUGUUGUUGCUAUUGUUGUAGAAUGUCUACCUUGUUAGUACAAUCAUCAAGAUAUGGAAGACUUUUGAGGGCCAAUUUUGAUGAUUUUUUUUUUUCACCUCAAGCUAAGCAUUAUUAUCUUAACUAUUGUUUCCAAGAUGCAGCUAUCAAAGAGUAACGUGUGAUCUUAAGAGUAGUAUUUCUGGAUGUUUCAUUGAAACAAAAACAAAAUGGGUUGUGCUUGUAUGGAGUUUUUUUAAUUCAUGGAUUCCCACAAUCAAACAGUAACAAAUGACCUAAAUCUUUUUUUCAGGCAAGGAAAGUUUUAGAAGAAACAAAAAGGGAUGCAGAACUUCACCAUGCUGCUUGCAACUUCAAGAAAAGACCAGGCCAAAUGUAUUACUUGUAUAGACGAAGUAAUGGAACAACAUACUUCUCCAUUCUAUCACCAAAGGUAACAGGAUUACAGUACACUCUCAAAGGAUUAUGUGUAGGAAAACAUAACUAAAGUAUGGACAUUCUUGUGAAUUAAAUUUCAAUUCUGAAUUUUCUGGCACCAGAUUAUCCAACCACAACUCUAAGAAUUUUUUUUUUCCAUGAGCCCAGUGCUAGUGAAGGCAAGGUUGCACUUAGGAGAGUGCUGGCCAGCUGUGUCCCACAUAUUUGUGUGGUAGUCUAACUGUUUCAUCAGACUUCAGUUAUACCCAAUCUCUCUGACAGAGGUCAAACAAUUUUGUUCACUGUGCUGUCUUAUCUUGUAAGUUGCAGUGAAAGCCAUUUGUUCCUCACCCCACCUUUCCUAUGGCAAAUUAGGGAAUUAUUGGAGAUUGCUUAUCCCUUUGAAACCAAGGAGUGACUAGCAUCUAAUUUGUCCUAACAACAUUGCCCCUGAAUCAAAAGUUAAGUCACAAGAGUGAAGGAAAUGAUCAUCUGGUAAAGAAGCUCUUGAUUGAUAACAAAUUCUCCUUGUCAAAACCACAAGAAAUGUAUAGGGAACAGUAUGGAGAAUAUGCAUACUGUUGGUAGGGUGUAAAGGGUUAUUGAUCAAUAUGUUGAGGAAAGCACUGAUAUCUUAGGUAAGUAGCAAGUAUAUCAUAAACUGUAGAUGAUUGUGGAUUAUUCCACAUUAAAUGUUAAAUGUUGCCAUUGAUCUGUUCAGUGUAAGAUCACAGAUGACAUAAACAUUUGGUGAAAAAUAAUAAGUGACUUACAUGACACAGUGGAUUGUAUAGCUGAUGCUCUUACCACACAUUUAAGCCUUCUGUGAUUUGUUACUGAAUAGACACAUGGCAAAUGGAAGCUAUUUGUUGAAAUAAUUUAGUAGAAGAAAAUUAUCAAUGAUAAUGUUAUCUGUGAUACAUAUAUCCUCGAAUAGAUCAGAAUUAAGAACCAAUCAAAAUGCAGGUACUAUUAACCCUUAACUCCCAUCAGUGACCAAGACAGAAUUUCUCCUUACAACAUCAAUACAAUGUCAACCAGACAAGUGAUAAGAAUGAAGAGAAAUAUCAACUUGGGGAUAUUUAGUUAAUCCAACACAAGAUUCUCUGAACUAACAUAAAGAAUUGUAUGGUUGACGGUAAGGAGAAUUACAAAUUUGAUCUGGGAGUUCAAAGGGUGAAUAAAUUGAUUUUAUGUUGUUGUGCAUCUGUUCAGUAGUAGAUCACAAAUGACAUCAAAAUGUGGUUGGAAUUAAAAAAUAUUCAUAAUUGAUCAUUACAAGUUUUUUUUUCUUUUUUUUUACCUUAGGAAUGGGGCUCAAGCUGUCCACACGAGGCCUUGGGAGCCUAUCGGCUUGAAGCAGAUAUGUCUUGGACAAAGGCUGAAGAUGUAGAGCGUCGCAGCAAAGACAUUGCUAUGGUUGAUCAUCUACUUUCACAAGAAGUUCCAGCAAUUGAAUAUGUUUUACCUGCUCAUGACAACAAUGGAUUUUCAACCAAGCCAGCUAUUAAACACAAGACUGUGAUUGAAGAUGUCAGCAACCAGGCAGAUCCAAUCGUGGAAGAACCACACUAAAGCACAGGUGGUAUUUUGACAGAAGACAUUUAAUUACAAGCUUUUAAGGACAUAGCAAUGAAAGAAGGGCAGACACUUAGAGGAAGGAUUUAAUUUUUGACAAUGAUGACUACGCCUAGUGGAGCAUAGGUGUGGACGAGACUGGAAAAAUAUUCAGAAAAAUUUUAAGUGUGAGGUCCAUUUUGAAAUUACUCCUGAGUUCUUCAGCUGGGGGUCCUGUCUUCAUCUGUGGAAGCUUCUGCAGUGAAAACUGCUAUGUUAUUUGCAAAUAUUUGGUAAACAAUUUGAUAGAAACCCAUUAGCCUAUAACAGAAGCAAAGAAUGGCUUAGGUGUCCAAUCACGGGUAUCUAACAAGUUCUCAUUGACCAGCACAAUGAUUAUGUGCUACUUCAACAUCAAAUACAAUAAAAGUUAUCAAAUCAAGACUUUGAUUAUAUACAUAAUUAAUGCUUUUAGAAUCCAAUUGAUGGUUUUCAGUUUGCUCUGAAGUAUAAAUAAACAGAGGACCUUGGUUGGAUAUUAAAUGUAAAUCGCCUGUUUACCCUUGGUCAGUUCACAGGAUUAGCUGUGAUUCACUGGAGGGCUUCCCCUUGUACUUUUUUCUGUAGCUCACAAGGAAAUUAUCCGUCAACAGUGUUAUGUUUAUCAGUCCGUAACAUGUAGUAACAAUUGUAUUGAAUUAGAAACAUAAAAUGGUGG